AUGGUCUUGAUGGACCUGGUCGGAAACGUCUCCGCCGUCGGCGACACGGAUGCGAUGGUGGCGGGCGACUCGGGCAGCAAGCACAACGGCGGCCGCAGCGCCGCCGUGUGUGCCGUCAACAGCAUGGUCUCGGAGGCUUCCGCGGCGACCGUGGCCGUGUUGGACGUGAUCGGGGGCGUCUCCUCUGGCAUGGUCACGAACGUGAAGGUGGCAUUCGGCGCGGAGUGUCUUGAACCUGGUGUUGAGUACAUUGCUGGGGAUGGGACCUUUGUGAAAGGUCGAUCUCGUGGCAACCCGAUGGCAGACUUCUCGGACGAAGAGGACUUGCUGCUUUAUCGGCUGGCAAAGGAGCAGGUUGAUGCAGGCCGCCGAAUUAACUGGCGGACUGUCUGGUUGGGGAUGCCAUACUGCGGGAAGACACAGCGACAGCUGCAGAUUCGUCUAAAGACGCUGAAGAGGACACACGGCGUGAGCUUAGAUUCUUUCCCAAGGAGAUGA